AGCCCGACUUCACUCAUGACCCACUUUAAUUUGGGUCGAACAUCUUACAAAGCGCUCACAGUCUAAACCUCCAAACUGUUCCUCCGGCGUCGUAUCCUGACACACCGUUCCAUCUCCGGCGAGCCGACGGGCCAAAGAGUUGGGAAUUGGGCAAUUCUGCCAAUUUCACUGCUAACUUGAAGGGAAGAGAAUUAUGUUCAGAGCUAAAACUAUCGUCUUUUCUUCUUCAACAAUGGCUUCAAAGCUUCUGUUAACCCGACUCCGAACCUUAACUAGACCAUCAAACCCGUUCAAGAACCCGAAUUUUGAAGUCCAAACGCUUAUUCAAAUAAGGCAAUAUUCAGAUCCAAUCGACCCGGCUGCCCCUCCUACACCUGCCAUUGCCAAUUUUAAAAGGGCUUCAAAAAGUUCCUUGAAUGAGACGGAGCUGGAAAAAUUCUCGGCCAUUGCCGAGACCUGGUGGGAUGCAGAAGGCCCUUUUAAGCCAUUGCAUGUUAUGAACCCUACCAGACUUGCUUUCAUUAGGUCCACCCUUUGCCGGCAUUUCGGGUAAUUUUAAUCAUGCUUUAGGAA